AUGGAUCUUCACAGUAUUUUGGACGACGUGCCUGAGCCCCCCAUUGUGGACUUGCACUUGGAUGAAAUUAAUACUUCUGGAGUGUACAAUUUGCCGACCCCCAUGUUUGAGUUUCAAAAAGAGCUCACCGACCAAAUUGUCUCGUUGCACUAUUCAGACAUCUUGAAAUACUGUGAAACAAAUGAUACCACGGAACUCAUCAUAAAGUCGCUACAAAUAUGUGUUGAGAACUGUAUGCUUGUUGCGACGCAUCCAUACUUGCUUAUACAACACUAUAUGCCAAAAAACUUAUCCAUGAGAGACUUGCCUGCGAAGUUAGCCGAGACAAGCGGAAAGUUUAACGUGGUGAAGGAUCUUAUCAAUGUUAUGGUCUCCAAUAAUGUGCUGCCGCUACCAAAGCAUGUGGGCUUAGUCAUGAAUAAUAACGUCCGAGAGAUGGAUCUAAUAGAGGCUCUCUUACUUGGAUGCCGGGGCUCCAAGACUGUUCAAAGAUAUGUGGGAAACAGCAUUAAACGAGAAAAUGCUAAGAUACAGAAAGGUAACACGAAGGGAUCACAACUCACGUUGCACAUGAUUCCUCAAGAUGGGAAACUCACAAGAAAUGAAGCUGAUCUAGAAACCGUUAAAUUUGAUUGCAUUAUUGUUAUGGACGGUCAUGUCGACACGGAAUGCACGUUUUUCAAGAAUUUGAGACAACAAAACAGAAGAGGUGAAGAAUGUGUAAUGGUGAGACUAAUACCAAUAUACUCCAUUGAGCAUUGCUUACUUCACUAUAAGGGGAUGGACGAGGACCCAAGCUAUCUUUACAAACUAAUUUCAUCCAUCGUUUGCUUAAGAGACAGAAUUGGAAAUCUACAGCCUGAUAUAUUUCCCAUCUAUAAUCAAAGUCUCACAUACUUGUCACACACGUUCUUUGACUACGUUUUUCGUCGUGAUAAUCGCUCGUUCCCAUCGUGGCCAUUACCUGAGCUUCCAAAAAUACCAAAGUUCUCUCCCACUGAUGUCGAGAGAUCUCUUCUAACGGAGGUUGUUUAUCACUAUACACCAUAUGAUUCAAACGAAACAGCUAUGGAUGGUACGUCGAAGUCAAAGACAUACUAUCAAACGAAAAGGCUUCAACUGGACUACGUUACGAAUCCGCUCAAAAACGACUACAACAUCUUGAGUGGUAUCCACAAUCACGCAGCAGUAUCGAAGAGAUCAGGUAAGGAUAGAACCAUACUUACUCAUAAGCUUAUCCUUGAGUUGAAUGCGGGUUACUUAGACCUUGCUAGAAUCGAGGAGGAGUAUCAGUGUCAUAUCGACUUCAACAAAGAAGAACGGCUCAACUUGGUUGGAAGAAGAUUAGAUGAAAUGAAGCAAGCAUUAUCGAACAUUGUUGGAGAUGUCGAUCAUGUGGAGCAAAGAAUACAAGUAAGCGAAAAGAAACUUCAGAGGCGACAGGAAGAAAUGGAGGCUCAUAAGGCUGAAAUUGAAUCCGACAAAGAGAAGUUGAACAAUUUUGUGAAAGAAAAAGGCAUUCCGGAUGACGAUAUUAAGAGAGCGUUUGUGGAGAACCAACUAAAGAUAUGGCAGUUGCAAACUGAAGUCAAGGAGGAUGCCAAAAAGCUACUGGCAAAGAAUGACGAAUUGAGCUACACCAAGCGUGAAAUUGAGAAUUGUGAGAACUCUAUUAGACUGUCUGAGGAACAGUUGAAGGAUGUUCGUGAGAAAAUCGCUGAUUUACAAAAGCAGCUCGAGGCUGCCCGUACGACGGAGUUAGAAGCGGGCGAAUCCUUCAAAAAGCGCAAGCUAGCGAUCGCUGAAGAAAUCGCUCAAGCUAAAGAAGAUAAUACGGCACUUAAAACGAAAUUUGUGAAGUCUUUGAAAUUCUUAAGAGAUACCUCACAUUUGAAGAGUCGAAAAGGAAGGGGCCUCACACCCAUCAAUCGUUGA